AUCCUCAGUCCUGAUCUGCUCACAUCAGAUCAUGUCUACCCCCCACGACCGCCUCCAGAUCAGUCGCUCUCGUCCGUCCACGCGGACAAACAACUCCGUGCUGUCUUUUUGCGUCUCUUUGGCUCCCUCUUUGCCGGUUAUAGGUCUUGUUUGACAAUCACACGAAUUCAUCCUCAACCGGUUAUCCACUUUAAUCAGUCCCUCUUUCUGGUUCUGCGCGGCAUACGAGAGCCGAAUGAGUUCUUUGAUCGAAUUCUCUCCAGCAUGCGAUUUCACCAGUUCAUACUAGAGCGUGGGCCGCCAUUUCGGGUAUGCGAUGUCUUUGACGAAGAGUACGAUUCAGCGCGAUCAAACCGGCGUUUUCUCCUGCCGAAGUACAUUGCUGAAGAGCGCUGCCCUGAGCUGGACUAUGAAGCCUUCGCCGAAGAUUUUCGCCGGAUCGUGAAUAAACUGUCGCAGAAACUGUUGGAUAAUGUAAGCAUAUUUUUCUAG